UAAGUAAAUUAUUUGUGUUUAUGUCAAAAGAAGCGGCCCUUUGUAAUGUGUAACUUUAAAGAUGAUUGUCUCAUGGAUUUAGUGUACAAUAGUUUAGAAAAUGAAAGUAUAUUUAAUUUACUAACAAAAUUGUGUGAAAAAUAUGCUGCCCCUCAUUCAAAUAUAUUUCCAAACGACAAUGUAGUAAAAUCUCUACGUUCUAAAUGCUUUGAUAUUUUACUUUUAAAGAAGAACAUACAGAGCGGUGGUGUAGAAGGAUUGGAGAGUACAGAUGAUCCUCUGUGUCAUUUACUGGCUUGGGAAUUUCUUCUAAGAACAAAAUACAACAAUUUUAAAUAUGCAGAUAAAUUAAAAGAUGUUUAUGAAAAAAUCAGAAGAUUAAAUAUAAAAGAAGAUAGUUUCCAAAGAGUUCUUUAUUUACUUAUAAGUCUUAAAAAUUCUCCAUCAAAUAAAAAUAACGGAGGUCUAUUUAAUCGACAAUUAUAUCCUUUUCUAGAGACUUCAAAGUUUCAUCCUGAACCACUUUCUACAAAAAUUAAAUAUUCAGACAAUGAUUUCCAUUUAAAAAGUACAAUAUCAAAACAAGAUGUAAUUGGAAAUUUAAGAAAAAAAGAUUCAUUAUCUCAGUACUGUGAUACUAAUAAAAAUAGUAAUACUAAUUUUAAAAGUCCUAGAAGCAUAUUCUCUGAUGAUGAAAGUUGUAUGCUUCAAAGAGAUAACAAUCAAGAUAACAGUAAUGAAGAAGAUGGUGAUGAAAGUGGCAGUGAUGAUGUUUGGGAUAUCGCGUGUAAAUCAAGUAUUAGUGAACGAAGGACCUGGGAAAGUGCAGGCAUUGCAGAGCCUAAAAAAGAACUUCCUUUUGUUACUGAGGCAACUUCUAAAGUCAGUAUAUGGAUGCAAAACUUAAAAACUUCUUAUAUGGAUAAUUUAAUUGUAAAAGACCUUAAUGCUGCAUCAAAUUCAGUGACUAAUAUUUCAUAUAGAGAAUUUGUUAAAGAUGUCAAAUACUUAUUAGUUGGAAUCACUUCAAAAACCUUUCAAUUAUCUGAGGAAGGUGAACUUUGUUUUGUACCUAACACAGUUGUUCAAGGAUUAAGUAUUACUGCAGCAAAUUCUUAUUCCCAAAAUAUGUUAUAUUGUGGUUCUUGUUAUAAAGGAUUAGCUGACCUGACUACUACAGAUUGCUUUUCUGGAAAAUACAAACAAGAGGGGCACAUUUUCAAGGAGAUGUGUGAAAGUAUUAAACGUUAUUUAAGCUACUAUCGUGUAGCAAUUCUUUCAUUACCAGAUACAACAAACUUGUUAGCACUUCAAGAAUAUAUUAGAAGUUUGCAAGAACACUUUAAAGUUCUUACAAGCAUAUGCAAAGUUGGUCCAUUUAAACAAGAUCAGAGAAUUCCCCAUGGAAUGGAGCUUUUAAAUUAUUUUUAUCAAAGAAUAUUAAGUGCAGUGAAGAAAGAUAUUCUUAUGGUACUGUAUGCUGUAUUUUAUCCGUGUUGUCAGCUUUAUUAUCAUCGCUUUUUAGGUCAGUGGAUUUUAGAAGGUGAUUUAAACGACCCAUCGGCAGAAUUUUUUGUCGAAUCGAAUCCAAAAUAUAUUUCAAGUAGAGGUAGAACUUACUGGACCCGUAGCUAUUCGAUUAGAGAAGAUGUUGUGCCAGAUUUUUUGAUUGAACUAAAAGAUAGCAUUUUAGCUUGUGGAAAGGCUAUGAACUUGUUAAAACUUUGUGUCCCAAAUUCUCCAUUGUGUUGUUAUAUUUUGGAGAAGAGGCCCAUACUGUUUACCUCGUGUGUAACUGCUGAACAACUUUUAAUUUUAGAGCAAAAUACUUACACUUAUUAUUUAAAUGCCAUUUCGAAAUGUGGUCCGCAUUUAUCCUUAAAAGAGUUAAUCGAAAAGAAAAAACUUGAAGAAAACGUUUUUCUGGGUUUAAUAGCCAAAAAGAAAGCAACUACUUUAAGAAGAAUUGAAUUGGAACGCCAGGAAAGGAUAAAAAAUAAACUGGAAAAGAAGAGAAAUGAAAUUAUCUACUUAAAAAACCAAUAUGAUGAAGCACUAACAAAAAGAAAAAUUAAGGAAAUUGAACAACUGAGAAGAGAAAUACAAACUAAGGAAGCAGUUAUGAAAAUGGAGAUAAUUGAAAUGAAGAUUUUUCAAGAAGAAGCACAAAAUUUAAUCGAUUAUUACAAUGAGCUAUACAAAGCUGCAGACAAGUACAGAACCAGCAUAGAAAAAAAUACUGAGAACAUAAGAAAAUUAAAUCUAGAAGACUGCAGCAACCCCUCAUGCAACCAAUCUCCUACUUCUACAGAAGAUGCUGGCAUUUCUGUAACUCUUGUAACAAGCGAAACCUUUCUCUCUGCAUCAGAUGACUUGCAGAGUAAACCUGAUAUGAGUGAGAAUUCAGAAGUUUUUGUAUCUGCCUUGGAUUAUGUUUCAAAUAGUUCAACAGUUAUCGAAAAUGGAUCUACAAAAGUUUCCAAAAAGCAACUGUAUUUGGACAGCGAUAUGGUAAUUAAAGAGGAGACUGAGGAACAAAUGAACUAUAAAAAAAAUCAAAAGGCUGCCCAAAUAAACAGGGAAAAGUCCAGAUCAUCUCAGCUGGAAAACAUGUUGAAGGAGGAUAAUAUUGGUCUCCCCAAGUUUUCCUAUAAUUUUUCGUGGUCCACUUCACAGAAUAUUGAAAGUAAAAGCAGUGAGAAUUUUACAAAAAAUCGAGUGCAAAAUUUUGAGGAAGCCAAAGAAAACAAAUUAAAAUUUCUAGAACAGGAAUAUGGCGAAACGUCUUCCUUGGAAGACAUCAUUAAUGCAAAUUUAAACAGUACAAAGGGAUCUUCAAACUCCAUAACGAUUGAAAAUAAAGAGGUCACUGCCCUUACGCAAAUUUUCCAAGAAAAUUUUCAAAUUGCUCGCAGAAAUAAAAAGAAAGUACUAGAGACUGAACUUGGCUUAUAUAAUUACACCCCAAACGAUGCAAACGCCAAUUUGGCACUUACAGAUGAAAAAGCUGCUGUUGGAAGUAUUACCAACAGUCCUAUAGACUGGUGUAUUUUUAAUGAAGAAUACGUAAAAAAUAAUUUCCCAGAGUUGGCUCAGAAUAACGUUGACCUCACUUUAAACUUACAAUCAGUUAAACCAGAUUCAAGAGGAAGUAAAAUGACCCCUAUGUCUGUCGAUACUCCUUCAAGUGACUUUUCCCUUAGCAAACGAAGUUACGUUUCUAUAACCAGUGAAGACUUACUAGACAGUAUACAAACUCCUGCAUCUGAAGAGGACUUAAAAUUGGAACCGAUAAAGCAAGAGCCUGUAUUCAAAAUAAGUCACAAGAGCAGUUCAGUCUUCGAUAUAGCUGGAAACUUACAGAAAAAUAUACUUCCAGAUCGAAUUUUGCCAGAUGAUGCCCAACAAGUGUCUGCUAAUUGUUUGAAAUUGUACCUACAACAAAGUGUUGCUAUUCCUCUUAAAAUGCAAAUGAAUUUGGUCAACAAUGAGUUACUCAAAUUCUUCGUAGAGGAGUUGGGCUGUUUAGAACAUUUAAUAAGUUUGAGAAGUUAUUUCUUUCUCUUGGACGGGCAAUUUGCAAAAAGUUUAACUGAUAAAUUAUUCGAAAAAUUGUAUAGCGCUAAUUUCCCCAUCGAUCUUGUGAACUGGAGGACUUUGCACAUCUUGGUACAAACUGCUUUUGAUGGGCAUUCCUCUAAUAUCCAAGACAACUCUGAUAGAUUGUCUUUUCGUAUUAACAAUUUACCAAAGGCUUUUGACUUAACUGAUCCAGAGGUUUUAGAUUGUAUUUCAUUGACCUAUAAAAUUACCUGGCCUCUAAACAUUCUAAUUCCUUCCGAUAUUUUGAACAAGUAUGACGAUGUUUUUAAAUUAUUGCUGAAACUCAGGAGAGUUUCAUGGGUGCUUCAAAAAAUGUUUUCAGAAUUAAAAUGUCUUAUAAAAAGAACAGAAGCCAAAAAGGUUCCGUUACUUUUAAUAUCUAAUCAGUACAGGAGGUUGCAUCAAUGCAGACAUAUUAUGACCCAUUUCGUACAAACUUUGCAAAAUUAUAUUCACGGGGAAAUACUUCAGACUAGUUGGCAAUUUUUUGAAGAACAAUUGUCCCAAGUUUCAGACUUGGACAUGCUAUAUGAACUACACACAGCAUACAUUAAAAACAUUUUGUUUAUGUAAGUAAAAAAAAAACUAUGAAAGUAUUUCAAAAGGGAAAUUUUUGAAU